CACAAAAGUAUCUAAGCUAAAAUUCAAACAUAGAUGUGUGUACGUGCAUGCAUGUGUGUGAUGUGUAUGCAUAUAUGCGUUGUAACAUGAAAAAAGUGUCUUAUACUUUGAUUAGAAAGGCUACAUUUCACAAAUAUAAGUAAUCUGGGUGGUUUUGUUGAUAAGCCUGCAAAGUUGACACGAUAUUUUGCAUUUAAAUCGGAGAACGUCACUCCUUUUGCUAUCUUCAACAUUCGGAUGUUAAUGAGUCGUCUAUUUUUCCAUCAUAAUGUCUGCGAUAUUUAAUUUUCAGAGUCUGGUUUGCGUCAUACUUCUGUUAAUAUGUACCUGUACUUACAUCAGAUCUAUUGCUCCAAGUUUUUUAGAUAAUCGUUUAGGAAAAGUUGGGUUCCUUGGUUUGUUUUGGAAAUCUGCACGAAUUGGUGAACGGAAAAGUCCUUACGUGGCAUUAAGUUGUCUUUUUAUGGCAUUUAGUAUCUUAUUUUGGACUUAGAAUAGCAACUUUUUCAAGAAAUUUUUAUAGAUUUGUACAAAGAUAUUUUGGAAUGAAAUAUGGAAAUGUUUAUAACAUUUAAUAAGGUGUGAAUGACACAGUAGAAACAAGGAAUGUAUGACAGACGCGCAUGUUUAAUAUUUCUUUGAUGAUAAAAACAAUACAAAAAAACAAAAAAAGAAAAAUAUAUUUCUUUGAGGCCAACUGUAAUAUAUAAAGCAAUAAUCAUUUCUAA